AUGAUACCCACCACUGCAGAUUCUACCGCGGUGGCCUUUGGACCGCCAAAGGUGCGCAGCCGGAUGCAGUUGGAAAAUGGUGAAGCGUUAGUUCAGCUACUGUGCCUACGUCAUGAAUUCUUGUUUCUGACACACAGAACACAAUGCCAAAUAGUGAACAUUAGUGUCAGCAUUGAUGUUAUUGCCUCUGAUGAUGAUGGUGUUGUUCUUUCCUCUUCUCAGCUGGCUGGGGGCGAGAUGGCUCAGUGGUUAAAGCGCAAAUUUACUGACCAGAAGAUCCGCGGUUCGAACCUGACCUUUGCCUCUCGACUUCCGCUGUCUGGGCUUUGCCUGUCAGUAUCCCAGCCCUCGGGCUUUCUUUGGGUAGCAUGGCAGUUAGGCACUGAAUGGGUGUUACAGCUGAGCGACCUCUUCUCAGCCGGCAGUUUAUCAUCUCGUCACAAGGGAACCGUCGGGAUAGUAGUUGCAGGCGCCGAGCUGGAGAUACCUCAGCUACUAAAAUGUGAAAGUAUGACCAGAAUUUCCGCGGUCAUCACUUCCACCGUCAGUGUAAUAAUAGAAAAGAUCUAUACGGCCUUCCUUCAACUCAGUCAUCUGUGGAUCCUGCAUAACAUCAGACUGUCAAUGAAGGACAGAGUGUAG